AUGAAAAAUUCUGAACACGUCAGAAUUAAUUUUAAUUAUAUAUAUUCAAAUAAGGAAAUUAGAAAUGACGUAUAUCUACCAAGCAGUGAUACAUUUACAUUUAUUGAAGCUUUAGAAGAUGAAGUUGAUAAUAUUUCACAAAAUAUUAAUGUCAUCAUGGAAAUGGGGAGUGGUAGUGGAUAUCUAAUUCUGUCUUUAUAUGAAAUGCUACUAAAUAGAAAUAAAAAAGUUGAUAUGCUUUAUUGUGUAGACAUUAAUAAGAAGGCUUGUGAAUGUAUAAGAAACUUAACAUAUGAGAAUAACAUAUUUAAUGUUGAAAUAAUUAGAAAUAAUUUAUUUAAUAAUAUGAGAAGAUGCGAACUUUUUGAUAUUGUUUUAUUUAAUCCACCAUAUGUUAUAACAGGACCAGAUGAAAUGAAUAAAACAGAUUUGACUGCAUCAUAUGCAGGUGGUAAAUAUGGAAGAGAAAUUAUCAUGAAAUUUUUAUUAGACAUUCAUAAUUAUCUUAGUAAUAAAGGUGUUAUAUAUUUAUUACUAGAGAAAAGUAAUAUACCUGAAGAAAUUUUAAAUCAUGAAUAUGUAAAAAAUAUAUAUAUAUACGAGGAAAUUAAAAAAAAAAAAACUUUAAACGAAACAAUAUUUAUUUAUAAACUAAUGAAGAAAAAAUAA